UUAUCACUGACCAGCACCAAGAUAAAAGACAAUGAAUCGCGGCACGAAACGACCAAAGGGGGGAGCCGAGAAAAAGAGAGAGAAAACAAAGAAAGUUGGCUUCGGUUUCACAACGCCAGUAUACAAACGAGAAAUCAUCGAGAAAAUGUUUAGAUCCAUUGUUGGACUAAAAUUCUUUGCAAGACCUCGGUCUUCAAGAGAUAUGGACUCUUCUUCGAAGAAGUCCAAACGAAGGAGUGAGAGACCUUCAUCUCCUGAAGACCUCAACCCUGCCACCAUCUUGAGGGAGCACAGACGAAGGGGUGAGAGCCCUUUGUCUUGUGCAGAAAACCAGCCCUCUACCACCAGGCAGCACGUACGAAGGGGUGAGAGCCCUUCGUCUUCCUCUUCUGAAGAUGAUGAGCCCUCUACCACCAGGCAGCGAGUACGAAGGUUUGAGAGCCCUUUCUCUUCAUCCUCUGAAGACAAGCAGCCUUCUACUCCAAGGCGGAAGCAAGCAUGGAGAGGUGAGAGCCCUUCGUCGUCAUCUUCUGAAGACGACCAGCGUUCUACCACCAGGCAGCACGUACGAAGGGCUGAGAGCCCUUCCUCUUCAUCCUCUGAAGACAAGCAGCCUUCUACUCCAAGGCGGCAGCAAGCAUGGAGAGGUGAGAGCCCUUCGUCUUCCUCUUCUGAAGAUGACCAGCGUUCAACCACCAGGAGGCAGCAACAACAAAGUCCUUUGUCCUUUGUAGACAUCAACCUUUCUACCACCUUUAGGCAGAAUGGAGGAAUUGGUGAGAACCAUUUGCCCUGCAUUGACUCAUUGAUUUAGAGGGAGAUCAUUGAAAGAGAAAAGCAGCGUUUGGAGGAGGGUUUAAAAAGAGAAAGAGAGAGCUGUGAAAAGAUGACGAGAAAGAACCAGGAGAAGGAGAGGAAAACAUUUGGUCUGCGUUCAAGAUUGUACAUUUGGUGGCUCAAUCGGAAGAUAGACAAAAUUGCCAGGGACAUCCAAUCAACCUUUGUGGAUGAG